AUGGCAGUAUUCGGCGAUAUUCUAGAUAUUUCAAGAGUCAACAGUUAUGUGCUCUUGAAGGCAUCUAAUGAAAACAAGAAGAUGACAAGAAGAGAAUUCACUAUAAUGCUGGGAAAAUCACUAAUCCAAGCACAUUUGAAGCAACGGCUACAAGUAAAAGAACUUUCCUUGGAGUUGCCUAACACUAUCAGUAAAAUACUGGGCAUGCAGCAUAACAAUACUGACAGACAUGAUGCAGCAGGGCCAGCGAGGCUAUAUGAGCGAUGCAGCUAUUGCCCCAGAAAAAAGGAUAGAAAAGUCAAGUCAAAAUGUGCUCAAUGUCAAGAAUCAAUCUGCAAAGAUCAUUCCAGACAAGUAGUGAAGUGCUGGGAUUGCAGAAACAGGAACUGAGAAUGGACCUUCAGGUAGAAGUCUACAAGAAAGAUCUAGAAAGUUUCAUUUCAGUACAAAGUUGUGUGAAGCUAAGUAAGAGUAUGUUUUUCAUUUCUGAAAAACGUAGUAUAUGAAGAUUUUUUUUAUUUUUAGUGUAAAAUGUUGAUUAUAGCUUUUAGCUUCUAUAAACCUUGUUGUUCUUUAGAAAAUAAAGUUUUUUUUAAAAAAAAU